AUGAGUUUCCACAAGGAGGAUGGUGUGGGGAGCCUGUGUCACAAGGCGCUGCAGAUCAUCUCAGAGCUGUGCCUGGGGGGCCAGGUGGAGCGGGAGAAAUGUUCAGGCAUCUUCUUCCCCUUGGAGACCACCAAGCAAGGUAUAGGCAGCACAGACAUCUCAGUCAGUCUGCUAGCAGUAGUCGUCAGCUUCUGUGGGCUUGCCUUGCUGGUAGUCUCGCUAUUUGUCUUUUGGAAGUUGUGUUGGCCAUGCUGGAGAAGCAAACCUCUUAUUUCUAAUACCAGUAAUAUCCCUCAAAGCACCUGUAGUGCUCCUGCUGAGGUUUUUGAAACCAACGAGAAAAAGGAAAUUAAAGAAAAUGGGAAACCUUCAGUGAAUGUACUUGAGGCUGCAAUGAAAAUUAGCCACACUUCACCUGAUAUUCCAGCAGAAGUCCAGAAUGCAUUGAAAGAACAUCUAAUUAAACAUGCACGCAUGCAGAGACAGAUCACUGAGCCUGCAUCCUCAUCUAGGCAUAAUUCUUUCAGGAGGCACUUGCCAAGGCAGAUGCAAGUGUCCAGUGUUGAUUUUAACAUGGGGACAGAUCCGAUUUUACAACGGGGUGAGACAACAACCAGCAUCGGGCGAAUAAAACCAGAACUCUAUAAACAGAAGUCUGUUGAUUCAGAAGACAAGCAAGAAGAUGUGAAAAUCUGUGGGAAACUUAACUUUGCUCUCCGGUAUGAUUAUGAAAAUGAACUCCUUGUUGUUACCAUUGUCAAAGCCUUAGAUCUACCUGCUAAAGACUUUACAGGAACCUCAGAUCCGUACGUUAAGAUUUACCUUCUCCCAGACAGGAAAAAGAAGUUUCAGACACGGGUUCACAGAAAGACUUUAAAUCCUGUCUUUGAUGAAACCUUUCAGUUUCCUGUAGCCUAUGAUCAGCUCAGCAACAGGAAAUUGCAUUUCAGUGUAUAUGAUUUUGACAGAUUUUCUAGACAUGACAUGAUUGGGGAAGUUAUUCUUGAUAACUUUUUUGAAGUCUCUGAUCUCUCCAGGGAAGCCACUGUGUGGAAAGACAUCCACUGUGCCACCACAGAAAGCAUAGAUUUGGGUGAAAUCAUGUUUUCCCUUUGCUAUUUACCUACUGCCGGGCGAAUGACGUUAACAGUAAUCAAAUGUAGAAAUCUCAAAGCCAUGGAUGUAACUGGCGCUUCAGAUCCGUAUGUCAAAGUCUCAUUAAUGUGUGAGGGUCGAAGGCUGAAAAAGCGGAAAACAACUACAAAGAAAAACACACUUAACCCAGUUUAUAAUGAGGCUAUCAUCUUCGAUAUCCCUCCAGAGAAUGUGGACCAGGUCAGCCUCUCCAUUGCUGUGAUGGACUACGAUCGAGUAGGACACAAUGAAGUGAUCGGGGUGUGUAGGACAGGACUUGAUGCUGAAGGACUUGGAAGAGAUCACUGGAAUGAAAUGCUGGUUUACCCCCGUAAACCUAUUACUCAUUGGCAUCCAUUGGUAGAGUUACCUGGCCAGGCAACCAGUUUUGAUAGCCAGGGGUCUUGUUCAUCACCAAAACCACCACCUACACCCUAG